UUAUUGAUUUGUAACUUGAGAGAGAGUGGAGUCGACACAGUGAAACUGAACCAUUUUACCCCCAGAGCCAAGAAAUGCAUCAAUUAUCAGCUGCAAUUGUGGGGUCUUUGUUUCCAUAAAUACAGUGUCUGCUAGCUAGUCCUGUUAGCCCUAUAUACAACAUGUACUGGUAUCCUAUAUACAACAUGUACUGGUAUCCUAUAUACAGCAUGUGCUGGUAUUGAUGGUUCAGUGUCAUGUAGAAUUUUGGAUGUUGUGCUCUGUAACACUGGUUUGUCAAACGCGCACAUGAUCAAGACAGUUGAAACAGUUUUAAUUCGGGAUCUGGCAUUUUGGAUUUCUAUCUGUCAAGUUGUUAUGUAACCGUCAUGGGAGGCAACUAUUUUGAAGGAAUUUAUUAUCCGGUUUCAUGUGUGUGCGUGCUUCAGAGAGCUAAAUAGUGUGUUUCUUGAAUUGUCUGUGACAAUGAUUUUGUGGUGUGAGUUGGAUUUUAAAGAUGACAAUCUUGCCCUGAAACCAGCAUUUAGUUUUUAGAUUUGGAUCAGGAAUUAUUCUCUUCACACAUCAACUAAAUCUUUAGAUUCAGCCAUUGUAAUCAACAUGUAAUUGACAUUGCGUAAUAAUGCAAUAGUCUGCAUUCAGGGGAUAUGUGUUGUGCAUUGAAGAAGCAUUAUCAAAAUAGCUCUCAUGCUAAAUUUAACAUAAAUAUGUUCCUCUUGUAACUGAAGUUCCAAGAAUUUAGUACGGUACUGCUAUUUCUAUUUUGCCGCACAUAUUGAUGAAUGGAUAGAUCGACAUUUGAAUCUAAAGCUGAUCUAUGCAGAUGUUGGUUUUCAAUGUGAACAUGUAAAAAAAAAAACAAUUCUAAGUUUGACCUUUCACCUUUGACCUUUGUGGAUGAGUGAGUUGAUCACAGUGUUGCUAUGGUUACUGUUUUGUUUGUGGUACUUUUGGUUGUCCUUGGUUACGUGGCUGUUGACCUAUCCCCGUGUCCUUGAGGUUAUUGUUCCCGUGUUGCUCUUUGGAUUUAUCACACUAGAAAUGAAGGGUCUAAAUGGCAACCAAUCAUAUUCCAAGGUGGACAGUAUGGAUGCAGUGAUUGGUCAUGAUAUCAUCCAAUCAGAAAAAACAUCAGCAGCCACAGAAAAUAACCAAUCAUCACCCAAGACUGUGUCAAACUUAAACUUUCACUCCGAAGACAGACCUAUUCUUAAUGGUGUAGUGAACCCAAUUUCACCGGAUGAAAACAAAGAAAUGAGAAUAACAGAUGUGAAGUUGGAGACGCUGAAAAACAAAACAACAUGGCAGGAGCUGUCUCCAAAGAGAGAGCGGAAAAUCAGCCGACAGAACAGCGCCGGAAGCAUCAAGAGUUCCAGCAGUGGUAGUGGUAGUGCCAGCGGUACGUCGGGGAGCAGCGAUUAUUCCUCCUGCUCUCCGCCGGGAAGUCCCACAAAGUCCUGGAAAUCCAUCCGAGAGGGCAACAAAAAUAAUGCUCUCUCCUGGAAGGAGCUAUCCGGAGGAAAUAAGUCUGAGGAAAGUUCCGAGGAGAAUUUGUCUCCUCCGUCGAAAGGAACUAGUACGAAUGAGAACCAGUUUGUGGGGAAAUGUGUGUGUAGUCCUGAGCACAGAGGACGUGAAACAAAAACAACAACAACAAAUACACAACAAGUUACAGACAAUGCUUUUAUAACUGCUGCUAUUGAUCACACCAUGACAGACAAUGGGAAGAAGGGGAGUACAGGCUGUGUUCAUACAACACACAACAGGCAGGGGGACACUGAUAAAAACACGGCCUGUAACUGUAAGGUCAGCAACAGACCCAAUCAAAACGUGAAUAACAAAAACCAAGGAAGUCCCGAUCACAAACCGUCGACCAAUCACAGAAACCCUAACAAGCUGGAGAGCGCUCAGUCUGAGGAACAGAAUAAUGAGUAUUUCUACGACGAGGAUUUCACAGUUCAGUUCGAUACUAAUCUACGUGAAUCUUCUCCGGGAUUGAACUGUACAUGCAUAGAUCCAACCAUUGUCAGUGAUUUUCCUAACAUUGUGACUGGAAGCUACUUGUCUUUUAAUAAUAUGAAGGGAUCUGCAAUUCUGGAUCCGAAUGCUCAUACGGAACUGUUCUGUCCGGAUGAGUCGGAAUUGUCCUCGUGUAGAAACUCCGCCAUGGAUAUGUCCUCUAGUGAACGGGAGAUGAUGUGCUCCAGUGAUAUGUUGGAAUUCAGUGACAACCCACUCUUUACACCUUCCCCCACAAAAGAGUUAGAAAAACAGAACGUCUCCACUGACAGCCUGGAUAAGAAUUUCAGUAGAUCAGUGGAGCACUGCUGUCAGGAUGGCAGUCUGGAGUCGAGUGACGGGAACCUGUGCAUUAACUGCUGUCCCAAGAAGGAGGACUAUUUCCUCUCCUUUGAUGGCUCGCAAGGGAGGUCCCAGACCAACUCAGAAAAUGACACAUCUCUGCUUUCAAUCGGGUCGGGUCAAGGUCAUUGGGGUCAGAGUUCAUCCGGAGAAGAAAUGGUUUCUGAAGAAUGCACAGACAGUUUCCAUUUCUGCUACACCAACGGGAACGUACAGCAGCACGGACUCCGGAAGAUUAAAAUCCAGUCCCUGAAGGCAGUUCACGAGAGUAACGACGACGCAGACAUUGAGAACAGUGAAGAUAGAUUAUCCACCUCACUACCCAAAAUCACCAGAAGCCCUAUAUCGGAGUUCAACCAGAAGUUACAUGCAGGGCAUCAUGGAAAGAAGGGGUGUUGUCCCGGGAAGCGAGCGCACCUGAACAAAUCAAAUUUAUUGCCUCCUUCCAAGAAUUCCUCGAUGCGACAGACUGUUCCCAACAGGAAGGUGACCUCGUGGAAGCAGGUCAAGUCUCUGAAGUCCCUGGGUAAGGUUGACAUGAUGCUGGAUGCGAAUCGUAGCAGCAGUAUGCCUGAGCUGUAUGUACAGGCCUGGCAAUCCUUUACUUCUCAAGAGUUGGACAUCGCCAAGAUUGCAGAGAGUUUCCACGGAAAGAGGCACUCCGCGUACCUCCUGGACCUCUACCAACGAGUGAGGAACCAGUCUAAUCCAGUUUCUCCAGAAACGAUGGCCAACAUUGAGCAGAUCCUUUUCCACCCUCUCAUUAGUCAGAACCGAUGUCACGGCGAGGCCAACUUGAGUGCGCCAGCUGGUCCGUGCGCGGUGUGUGGGCGGGACGGUUCGCAUAGCAGCCACACCCUGACUAACAGCAACAUCCACCACCUGGUCAACACCAGCCGGUCUGGACAACCGCUGGACCAGUACACCAGGAGACGGAUCAUCGAGUGGUUGGAGAGAGACAAGAUUGAGGGAGAGGCCAAGGGCUGUCAGACUCAGAACCUCACUCAGAAAGAGACCAGGGCAGCCGAGACACUCAUCUCCCCCACCACAGUGAUCCUGUGGAGCGGCACCAAAAACUUCAGUGCCCAGUUCCCCCCUCACACCAAGGACUGUGGGAUACAGACUUCAUGCAGUGGACAGACCUCCCAUGUCCAGCAGCAGACAUCGCCCACGUUAGACGUGCAGUACAAGAAGCUGUGUAUGACAGAAGUUGCUCAGCAGACGUCACCAAGCCUAGAGAAGCACGACGUUCUCUCCAUGCUGCCGGAGACUUUUACAGACCUGGAUGACAUCAUUCCAAGACGAGAUCCAGUUGCUCACAAACAGGUUCCCAGAUCCCAGAGCGCUGACAGCAACGUUCCCAAGAACCCUCUUGAAGUGCCACAAAGAGGCUGCAUUUCUUACUAUACGUUUAAGUCCUUACCAGAUCUGAACUUUAUGAUCUCUAGUGCUGAUCUUCAGGAGGAAGAGGAGGAUGAAAUCUCACUGUUUGAUCCUAUACCUGUAGCCAUGCCUAUCCCCAUUUUGACACCAACUUUUGCCAAGUCUUUCUCUGGGUCAUCUGGAAAGAUGGAAAGUCAGUCAAGCGGAUCGGCCAAAAAAAGGUCACGGUCAGUUCCAGCCAAACUCAUGAAUCCACAACUGCUCAAGAAUGCUGGCGAAUCUGGAUCCAGCAGUAGUGGAGUUAGCACCAGUUCCACAUCAUCUGGAAUAGAUCCGGGUUACAGUACAGAGGAGAGAACAUUCAGUGUUGGUAGUCCUUCAAAUGACAUUGAAAGACUGUUGUUUUACCCUCCGCAUGUGGAGAGCAGUGCCAAGAAAGAUAAAGAAGAUAUAGAAGUUCAGAAAGGUUAUGAACAACUAGAAGGUGAAGGUCAAAACAAAGCCCAAGGUCAUCCGAAACUGAAGAGAGUCUGUGAGAACAAGGUCAACAAAUAUGCAAAUGAGGUUCACCCAAUAUCUCUUGAUGCAAUGCAUAAGCCAAAACCAAUUGAAAUAAUAGACUCCAAGACUGAUGGUAAGGUUGCCAUGGAAACUAAUCCAGCCAUGGAACAUCUGUACUCCCUACAGGAAGAGAACACGCCCGUCUCCUCUCCGGAUGUCAGUCGCUGUCACCACACCUGUUGUCAUGGUGAUGACUGUUUCUUUGUCAACCACCCCAACCAGUUUUCCAGUGAAUCGAACUCGUCCAAUGGAAGCGGACACACUAAACCAAACCGGAAACCCCUUAAGUCCUGUCUCCGCAAACAACACUUCCUGAGGUCGAGAUCAUUGUCAGACCCCCAUAAUCUGGGUCAGGCAAGUGACAGCCAGAAACAGAGGCGGAAGUUGAACCGGCAUUCCUACGCAUGCGAGGAAGUGUAUUUGCUGACGGAUGAAUCAGGGCAGUAUUAUCUCUGUCAAAGUGACAAUUCUUCACAGUCAAAUGAGAGCACAGGGCCGGCACUGUGUUACUUUGAUGAGGUAUCCGCGGACGGAACACAGACAGUCAAAUUACGGCGGAAAAAUCCACCAGAGGCUGGAACCAAGUCUGGGGUUGAAGCGGCGGAUACGCUGAGUGGAAAACGGAAGAGUGUUAGCUUUGCCUCUGAGGUUUCUUUCCAUGACAUCAGUCCUCACGCCUCACCCAAACACAAAGUGGAGGAGGUGGAGGCAACUCAAGCAGAUCCUUCCAUAUUGCCUCGAGUCAACUCAACCGAGAGCUGUGAGUCCUCAGACUCAGACUCACCCCCGGAUAACUUCAAGCUGUCCCCCUCCACGGAGCAGAUAGUGUACGCCCACAGGUUCGACGAACUGGAACGCAAGAGAGGUUUACUUAUAGAGGUGUGUCGUGUGUCGGAGGUCAUCCUCAAUCACUUCAGUACAGCCAAGAACCCCUUUGACAAGUUGAGGCUGGGAAGUUCCGCCGACACGCCAGAGAUCGGUGACCUAGUUUUGAGUCGUCUCUGUCCGGCACUAAGUCAGGUCGUGGGGAACGGACUGAAGCCGUUCCUGAACGGGUUCCAGAUGUUUGGCCGUGUCAAUGUCACCGUGUGGAAAGUGGCGGAAAUUUCCGCCGAACAAGGUCCCUACACUAGAGCUAUCCAUGACCUUGUCCAGCAACUCAAGAGUCACGCUGGCCUGACCAGCUGUGCUGCUAAGUUUGAGGCGUUUCUAUUUGGACUUCUCAACCUGAGACUGCUGGACUACUGGAUGGGAUAUCUCCCUUACAGCGACGCCCUCACCGACAAGUUCUACAACUCAGACAGCGUCGUCAUCUUGAGCCGGACCUGUCAUGAGCGAGCUUACGACGAGAUGCUCAUCUCACUGCAGCCUCUGUCUGUGCUGCCAUUCCAACUGGGUCUUGAGUACGUUUUAGAGAAUUCCAAGCACCUGACCCACUCCCCCAAUCUGAGCCCCAACAGAAACAAGUCGCCUUUAAUCAGCCCCUCUCUAGAGAAGGAGGUAGUUAUACCCCCUCCAAAGCCCGCCAGAAGUAUGGGCGUUAACGGAACGGGACUGAUCUCUGCUAAAGCUUGGGAGUGGAUCAAAGGGAGUGUGUGUGAGGAAACAGGGGAUCAAAAGUCCACAGAGGUGGAUCAGAAGAUGGUGGAAAAGAAAGAAGAGGUUGGAUUGGUUGAAAAGCGAAGCAAGUCUUUGAAUGAUGUAGAAGGGAGAAAAGUUCAGAAGCAGGGUGAAGGCGGAUUACCAGUGGUAAAGAGAUCGGUGAGCAGUGGAGGGAGUCAGUCGGACGUUAGAGGAAUGACAGACUCAUUCUCUGGAAUCGCCCAGAAACUACUAGGGAUGAAUACCUCUCGGGAAAAAAGUCCGGAAAACAGCGUCAACAAAACACAAACUGCUAACAGCAUCGAAAAGAAAGCAGUGAAAGACAAAGUUCAACCCAUGGAUAGCACAGAAACAGUGUCAUCCAAAGCCAAGUCUGGAAUCCUGAAAUUCUUUGACAAGUUGCUGCUGUCCAAGGACAAUGUUUCAAGCCCCAAGAGUCAGAUUCCUAAGAGGUACAGCUGGAAUGUUCCCAGUGAGGGUCAAAGUUCAUCUGGAUCACCUGGAACCAAGAGCCUGUCUCCGGUAUCUGGGAACAAGGAGUUGAAGAAUAGUCUGGAGUAUCAGAAACAGAAGUUUGCCAACCAGAGGAAGACCCAGAAAUCCAAGUCCGAGAGCGUGGUGGCCAAGUGCAUCCAAAGCGAGGCCACAAAGGAUGAUGGGAAGGCUGUGGUUGGAAAAUCUGAAGGAAACAGUAAUGGGAAAAGUCUGAAGGCUACUGAAAAAGUGAAUGCCCCGUCUGAUAAACUGGUGUCAAAAAUGGCAAGGAAUCCACCUUCUAAUUUGAGUUUGAAGAUGAGAAUUGUGGAAGAAGCCCAAGAGAAGGCUCCAGUGAAAGUAUCAGACUCGCCCUCAAAGAAGUUUGGUUCACCUCAACGCAGAGCAGCAGACAAGGCAAAAAUCAGCAAGAUACCCACACUUCAGAAGAAAACUGAAAGUAAAAUACCCAAGAGAAACAGUCUGGUGUUGGACUCAUCUGGUUAUAGCUCAUCGAGUGUGCUCAGUUCACCAACUCGAGUCAAGCACUCAUACUCUGCUGGACAGAUUCCAGUACCUGUACAAUCUCCAAAGAAGACCAAAUCCAACAAUGCCACAGCUGAAGCUGAAACUUCAACCAAAAAGACUGCUUCCUUAAAACCAGUUGUCUCUAAGUCCGAUGUGGAAAAACUGGAGGGAAUGGCAUCUUCCACGGAAUUUCCAAGUCAAGAUCCGACAGAAUCCGUGGAGUCCAAUACCUCCAGUGAGUGUGCUUCUCUAGAAGUGGGUCCUACUUUGGUGGCACCCAGCCAGACCAAGAAGAAACUGAACGGGUGUGUGGAGACGCAGAAUGAAGCUGUGAAGUCAGACCAGAAGACCAGAGCUGCGCCGGUAUUUCCCGGAACUGCCCAGGCGGUAGAGCUUGAUAUUAACUCCAACUCCCCCCACCCCUGUCCAUCAGAGGAGGCCCGGGGUCAAAGUGCAGAGAGGGGAACUUGUGAGGCGGGUGACCAGAAGGAUUUCAUGAAACCUGACUUCAGAUACAUAGAGACUGUGGUAGAUUUUGAGUCGUCAGAGAUAUCUCAGCUCUCCUACAAGAGGGGAGAUCACUUCGAGGUGCUCGCUGAGAUCGACUCCAGCUGGUUCUACUGUGUGAACGGCCCACAGGAAGGGCUCGUACAUGUCAACGCUGUCAAGCCUCUGAGUGACAAAGACGAGUCGCAUCUACUUCAUAACACAUUUGAUUCAUAAUCAUCUUGGUCAUUUCUGCGUUUGUUUAACUUUUAAAAAAUUCAUUCAACUCUCAUUUAGUCUGUUUAAAAACAUGAAAGCGGUACUGAUUGUAUUUGAAAUGCUGAUAUUUCAACAGAAAGGAUUUCAUUGAUCAUAGGAAUGGUAUUAUAGUCAUAGAAAUCAAGUUCAUUAAGUAUUAAUCAACAUUACUGUGUAGAAUCAGUAGAUACAUAUUGUCAUAGGUAGGAUUUUAAUUUCUUUCAGAUCAGUAGUGUGUUAUUUUAUUGAUUAAUUAAACUUUAUAUUAUAUUGAAUCGUCUGUUCGAAAUAUAUUUGAAGAUACCAGUACACAUACAUUGAACAUGUAUUUGUUUACCUAUACCUAAUAUGUAUUAUCAAAUCAUUUUGAAUGAAACUUGACAUGUAUGUAAAUACGUUAUUGUAUAGGAACUUUUUAACGGAUGUGUGCAAUAUAAUAGGUGUAAUACAAAUAACUGAACAUGAAAUUGUACUUCUGUUUAUAAAUGAUGGCAUUUUAAUGUCAGCUGCGUAAUAAUUAAGGUUGUGUUGUAAUUAAGUUGUAAUUUGAUGCAGCAUCGUUAUUCACAAUUUCCGUUUGUUAAUUUUGUCGGGAUUCUAGUCCGCUUGUUGAUAUUUUUUGUUGCCAUUAUGUUGUGAUAAAGUCCCUCAUUUAUAUGUGAUAUAUCAUGAAAUUAUUGAUGGUUCUGUUUUUUAUUGUUUUUUAUGAAGUUGUUUCAUUUUUUAAUACUUCAUUGAAUGUAUCGGCCCAUAAACCGUUGCAUUUGGUUACUAGUAACAUAGGGAUAUUGUUCAUGUGUGGAUCCAGAUAAUUUUUCAGGGGUGAGUCAGAGGCCUAUUUUUGGUAAUCUCACAAUGUGAGUUUGAUAAUUAAGGUUGAAUCUUUCAGCAUCAUGGACUUAACCUGCCACCCUUUUUCUUAUUUUGGACAUGCCAUUUAUAUACAGUUUUUAGUUUACUGGUUACAUAAUACAUGCAUUAUGGAUCUUUCACCUACUUUCUAUUUUGUCCCCAAUCAGGUUUUUAAGGAUCCUCAACACCCCGUGACUUCUACUUUUUAUGACAGUGUGUCAUAGUAUAUGGCAAUUUUAACCCAUUAUAAAACAGCGUAUAUCGCCAAAUUUUUAGUGUUAUCUCUGUCGUGCAACGGUUGUAGCUACAAUCUACUGACCCUCUGGUCCCGAGUUCAAAUACUGCAUGGACUUUUGCUUUCAUGAAUAGAAGUCAAGUUUUUAAAGUUGAUAUUUUUCCCCCCAAAAAAUGAAAUUUUUUUUCUUUCAUUUUCAAGUCACACACAUGCUAGAAUUCCAUAUCUUUAAGUAAUUGAACAGUUCGAGCUUGUAAGCAGAAUUUCUCCUAAAAAGUGUGGAGGACCCCUAAGAUGAAACUCACUAACUGAACAUUCUCCACAAUUUAGGUUACAGUUUCAGUAGAAAUCCUCCGACACUGUAGGUAUUCGCAGCACUCAGUGUUGGCACUAUGAGAGGAGAGUAGUGGUCUUUCUUAGUUUUGAACUUGUUAGUUUUUUCGAGUGAUUUAACUUCAUGCUACUUGGAAAAUGGAAAGUCCUCAUGCAAUACCUGUGUAUACUUAAACACCCCCCCUCCCAAAAAAAAAACCAAAAAGGGGGGGGGGG